AUGGCAGCCUCAACGCUCAGCUCUGCAAGCCUCAGAGGCCAUGUGGGUCCAAACACGUCAGUGAAGUAUGAAGACUUCCAGCCCCUGGAGAGUGAGAAGAAAAGCCAGAGGUUUAGGAAUGGGCCACAUCCUCUUCAGUCCUUGCUGCAGCAUCUCUGGUCUGGACCUCACCUCCUCCUGCUCUCCCUGGGCCUCAGCCUCCUUCUGCUGGUCAUCAUCUGUGUGAUCGGAUCUCAAAUUUCCAAGCUUCAGUGAAACCUGUUGACCCUGAGAACAACUUCCCUCAACUUCACAUCAAGCACCAUGGCUGAGGUUCAGGCACUGAAGUCCCAUGGUGGCAGCUUGCAAGAAAUGAUAACAUCUCUGCGAGCUGAGGUGGAGGGACACAAGCAAGAGCUGCAAGCAGCCCACAGCUUGAACGACAAGGUGUUUACUCUGGAGAGCAAGUUGGAUAAACAUGUGCAGGAACUCAAAGCAGGUCAUCUCAAUAUGCUCCUGUGAGUCCAGCAGCUGGCAAAGGACCUGAAACCCCUGACUUGCCAGAUGGAUGCUCUCAAGAGCCAUGGCUCUCAGAAUACCUGCUCUCCCUCUAACUGGGUGGACCAUGAAGGCAGCUGCUACUGGUUCUCUCCUUCUCAGAAGUCCUUGUCUCAGGCUGAGGACUACUGCCAGCUGAGUGGCACCCACCUGGUCGUCAUCAACUCCUUGGAGGAGCAGAAUUUUGUCCAGGGUAAUAUGGGCUCCUUGGAAUUCUGGAUUGGCCUCAAUGAUCCUGAAGGAGUUUGGAAAUGGAUGGAUGGGACGGACUAUGACACCAGCUUCAGAAACUGGGAUGAGAACCAGCCAGACAACUGGGAUGGGCACGGCCUGGGUGGAGGCGAGGACUGUGCCCAUAUCUAGACCAGUGGCAAAUGGAAUGACAUUGCCUGCCAGAUGCCCUUCCGCUUUGUCUGUGAGACCAGCAUGGGCAAGGCCAUCUAG